AUGCCUCCUGCCUCACAGCCUGCUCCGUCGGCAAACUCCGGACUGCCUGCCGGCAUUCUUGAGAAAUGGCAAAAAUCUGUCGACAAACAGCUCAACGACAAUCCGCACACAGAGAAGGUAGACGAGCUUGCAGCAUCGGGAGAGUUGGCACUGGAGAAGGAGUGGCGUGGUGCCGGGCAGCAGCGCAAAUGUCAUGUCAUCGAGCGAUUCUUUCCCAUCUUGGGGGACGACAAUGCGAAAGUCAAGGUGCACUAUGCAGGCCAGGGCGAUGUCGUGCCAGCAGAACUUGCAAAACACUUCGAGGAGCUAAUGGCGGCCUUGGCGCGGAACGAAGACGUCUUUGAUCGGGCUGCGACAGAGGCGAACGCCGCGAAAGCAGCCGAAGCUGCCGGCACGAUGGAUGAUGAGAUGCGGCAGUACCAGUUGGCGUUGGAUCAGGCCAUUUCUGAAAUGGGUGCGAUUUGCACCAAGUGCUAUGGCGAUUUCGACGACACCAAGCUGUACGGUGCCAAGCUGAAGAAAGCUCGACUUGGAGGUGUCAACUUGGCCGGAGCGCAGCUGCAGGGUGCCGCAUUGGACAACGGCGAGCUGAUUGGUGCCCGGCUUGCUUCGGCGAAUUUGACGGGUGCCGCCCUGGCUUGGACCGACAUUACACAAGGCUCGGGAGAGCUCGAGAUGGAGAGGUUUGUGUUAUUGAGUUCGAUGUCUUAA